AUGAUGAUUAAUAUCGAGUCUUCGAGCACGAGUGGGACAGACAUUCCUAUUGAAAAGGCUCCUACACCAGCCAUUACUUUAGCAGGCGAGGCCCAAUCCUCCAUGAGUACUCCUACUCCCAUGGAUAUGCCACCCACUAUAGAGCCACCCACAAAGCUAGCUGAUAUUGCUUUAUCUCCGAUUGUAGCCAUAGAGCCUCCGGUGGUGAAGCAUGUCUGGCCAAAAUCUUCCAUGAUGAUGGUGCUCAUUUUGCCCAUUGAUGUCACUAAGCACUCCUUCUACAUUGUUACACCUCCUAACCCUAGCUUGAGAUACGCAAUGGUGCAUCUGUAUAGAGACAUGGCCACAAGCAUGGCACCCGCAUCAUCUGCUCCCAUCACUGGUACAUCCUCCACUGCUCCAGCCUCUCGUGCACCACCUACUACCCCAGCCGCUCCUGCGUCUCUUGCUACUUUUGCAGCCCCUGAGUCAUCGGCUAUAACCAUCCAGUAUGGAGCUUUAGAGACUGGUGCCUUGCCAGGCAAUAAUUCUAUCACAAACUUCACCUCCCGAUCCAGAGCCCUUCCAUCUCCAGCUCCACAGCCUUCCCCUCUGGGGAGCUAUAUUGUUAUAGUCGAUAUCGCCACCUCUAACGCGAGAGAUACGACCGUCCUUCAUGAGGCGGCUGCCUCUUUAGUUGCCACUUCUGCUAGAGGGGAUGAGUCACCUGAGUGUCCUCCUAUGCCCAAUGUUGCGCAGCCCACAACGGAGAUUUCUCCUUCGUCAUCCCUGAUUGAGGCUACUAAGCAUCCAGGGGAGGAGAGUAUCUUCCCUAAUCCUCUUAUAACAAUGUCUCUGAUGACCAUACUUAUCCUUCCGAUCAAUGUCAUAUAG